AUGAAGUGUGAGCAGUGUCAGAUUAUAAAGCCUUUGAAAGAAUUUCCCGAAAGUUCAAUUAGUUCAAAGUGUAGACAUGUCAUGUCUUGGUGUUUUGAGUGCAUUGUGAGUUACUUAAGAGGAACGCAACGUCGAUGUCCUAUAUGCAAAAUUGAUUUGACUGAACAGGAAGUUAAUGAUUGCUUUCUGUUUUGGGAUAAUUCAAUCUUCAAAAUUGAUAUUGAAAGUUUCUCUCAAGCGCGUGCUGAACUUUCUGGCCCAAAUGAUGCAGAAUCUGGUGUUUUUUACAUUGUCUUAUUGAAUGGAGAAAAGAUCACACUUAAAUCAUCCGAAAUUACAACCGUUAAAGCUUUAAAAUAUGCAUUAAGAGAUGCCACUAAAAUAGAAGUUACAAAACAAAGAUUAAUUCAUAAUGACGUCGAACUUAAUGAUUUUCAAGAUGAUUCAACUAAUAGCACACUAGAAAGCUAUGGAAUUCAUGCGAAUAGUCAUAUCCAACUUAUCGUUCUUAAUUCUCUCGCUUUAUCAUGUUUGGCGGUUGAUUUAUUUUGGGAAUUUCCCCAUUCAGGACAAGAAUUUCUUGACUGUACUUGUUUGAUAUAUAAUGGUGAUGAAUUGUGGAAAAAAUAUGACAAUUUGUCUACAUAUUAUCCUAGCAUAUCAUAUAUCAAGCAUUCUGGUGACAUCAUAGACGUUGCAAAUGCUAGAGGACAUCAAAAAAUAACAAUUAAGCUUGAUGAACUUCCUAAUUGUAUUAGUCAGCUUUACUUUGUUCUAAGUUCAUGUAAAUCAACAAUUGAUCAAUUUCGGAACCUGAGUCUUAAAUUAUGUGAUGAAGCGAACUCAGAUAGGCAAUUAUGGAAUUAUUCUGUAGGACAAGCAACAAAAUCUCAAGCUGUUAUAAUGUGUCUUAUUAAUCGAUCGAAUAACGGAAUGUGGAAGUUGAUCGAAGUUGGUGAGAUGUCAACUGGAAAUACUAAAAACAAAGAUCCAAUUGAAAAAAAUAUCAGGCGGUUAAUGUGUUUCAAUAAAACUUUAUAA